CAAUAUCAGCAAAGCGACAUAUCCUUCGCUUGUCUUGGUAAUCGCUACCGCUGCUCACCCCCCAACGUUUCUACUCUCACCUCAGUCUAAGCGGACAAGGCGGGCAAUCAAACCCCCACUCUCCUGGAGCUCAGUUGCUCCAAUGGCCCGUCCAGACCUCGCCGAGUCCACCGAGACCCUCAAUGAUGUCGGUAGCAUACCUAUGGACAUAGAAUGCCGUGGAUAAGUACUACAUGGUUGUAACUAAGGUGAUUCGAGCACCGCUAGCCGCUUACUUUUGCCUGCAACUGGGCCUGUGCCAUAUUCAGUAUCAGCGUUUCUGUACAUUAUCCGCUGCUGUGUCUGGUCACUUUCAACACCAUUUCACCGAAAAUUGCGCCCCUCAGAUCAUUGUUGCAGCAGAUCCGUUGCAUCCAUUACAUUGUAUUAGAUGCUGGACUUUAGAUAGCGCCCGUUAAAUCACUCUUCACAGCACGUGGAGGUGGUGAGUAAAAAAGGACGCAUGCGCUCGGCGGGGAGAAACCCGAUGUUACCGGAACUCCCGUAUGAGUGAGCACUUCGGAAGCCAGCAGGCCGAUAACAUGGCGUUUCAACAAGACAUCACUCACGGUCAAGAGAAGUCUAGGCCCAUAAUUCUGAUUGCGACUUCUGCUCAAGUCCGCGCGAAUAACACGCGCAGUACUUCAACAAAUGACCCAACAAUGCCCCUACGAACGGUUGGCAUUGGCUGAUAUUGUUCAGCAUGCUUAUUUAGAUAUGAGCUAAACUCAUUGCUGUUUGGCGUCGAACUCGCUCAUCACGUUGCAACUGCUUAUGUUAAUAUUGCUCACCUUUUGGAAGAACAAGCCAUGCUUGCUAGUAGU